CGCGCCGGCGAGCUCGUGCUCCACCUGUCCGCCUUCGGCGCGGGCUUCGAGCUGCGCCUGGCGCCCGACGCCAGCUUCCUGGCUCCCGAGUUCAAGGUGGAGCUCGUCGGGGGCUCGGGCGGGGAGGCCGGGGCCGAGCCGGGACUGCGCGGCUGCUUCUUCUCGGGCACCGUGAACGGGGAGCCCGAGUCGCUGGCCGCCGUCAGCCUGUGUCGCGGGCUGAGCGGCUCCUUCUUGGUGGCCGGCGAGGAGUUCGCCAUCCACCCGCGGGGCACCGGGGACUCCCUGGACCAGCCGCACGUCCUGCAGCGCUGGGGGCUCGCGGGGCGCCGCGGGGAUCCCGAGCUCGCCCCGGACCAAGCCCUUCCCCUCCCUCGAGGACCCGAGUGGGAGGUGGCGAGGGGGAAGGAACAGAGUCAGGAGACGGGAGACGGGGACCCCGAGGACGGAGAGGAGCAGCGCGCAGAGGCCGGAGGCGCCGGGGAUCUGCCGCCACCCUUGCGAAGCACCAGUAGGACCAAGCGCUUCGUGUCCGAGGCGCGCUUCGUGGAAACCCUGCUGGUGGCCGACGCGUCCAUGGCUUCCUUCUAUGGGGCCGAUCUGCAGAACCACGUCCUCACCCUGAUGUCCAUGGCAGCCCACAUCUACAAGCACCCCAGCAUCAGGAACUCCAUCAACCUCAUGGUGGUCAAAGUACUGAUUGUGGAAGAUGAGAAACAGGGCCCAGAGGUGUCAGACAAUGGUGGGCUUACAUUGCGUAACUUCUGCAGCUGGCAGCGACACUUCAACAAACCCAGUGACCGCCACCCAGAGCACUUUGACACAGCCAUCCUGCUCACCAGACAGAACUUCUGUGGGAAGGAGGGGCAGUGUGACACACUGGGUGUGGCGGACAUCGGCACCAUCUGUGACCCCAGCAAGAGCUGCUCUGUGAUCAAGGACGAAGGGCUCCAGGCAGCCUACACACUGGCCCACGAGCUAGGGCACGUUCUCAGCAUGCCCCACGACGACUCUAAGCCCUGUGCAAGGCUCUUUGGGCCCAUGAGUAAGCACCACAUGAUGGCACCGCUCUUCGUCCACCUGAAUCAGACACUACCCUGGUCUCCCUGCAGUGCCAUGUACCUCACAGAACUCCUGGAUGAUGGCCACGGGGACUGUCUCCUGGAUGCUCCCACCUCAGUUCUGCCCCUUCCUACAGACCUACCGGGCAGCAAGGGUCUAUAUGCACUGGAUCAACAGUGUAAGCAGAUGUUUGGGCCUGGUUUCCGCCAUUGCCCCAACACCCCUCCACAGGACAUCUGCGCCCAACUCUGGUGCCACACAGAGAGUGAUGAGCCCCUUUGCCACACGAAGAAUGGCAGCCUGCCAUGGGCUGAUGGCACACCCUGCGGACCUGAGCACCUCUGCUUAGAUGGCAGCUGUCUGCCCAAGGAGGAAGUAAAAAAGCCCAAGGCUGUGGUAGACGGAGGCUGGGGCCUGUGGGGACCCUGGGGAGAAUGUUCUCGGACCUGUGGAGGAGGAGUCCAGUUUUCACACCGCGAAUGCAACAACCCCGAGCCUCAGAAUGGAGGAAGAUACUGCCUGGGUCGGAGAGCCAAGUACCAGUCCUGCCACACCGAGGAAUGUCCCUAUGAUGGAAAAAGCUUCAGGGAGCAGCAGUGUGAAAAAUAUAAUGCCUACAACUACACUGACCUAGAUGGAAAUCCCUUGCAGUGGGUCCCUAAAUAUUCAGGGGUGUCUCCUCGAGACCGCUGCAAGUUGUUCUGCCGAGCCCGGGGGAGGAGUGAAUUCAAAGUGUUUGAAGCCAAGGUGAUCGAUGGCACUCUGUGUGGCCCUGAGACCCUGUCCAUCUGUAUCAAAGGCCAGUGUGCCAAGGCUGGCUGUGACCAUGUGGUGGACUCCCCUAGGAAGGUAGAUAAAUGUGGAGUGUGUGGGGGCAAAGGCACCUCAUGCAGAAAGGUCUCCGGUUCAUUCACCCCCACCAGUUAUGGAUACAAUGACAUUGUCACCAUCCCUGCUGGUGCCACAAACAUUGAUGUGAAACAACGAAGCCACCCAGGGGUCCGGAACGAUGGCAGCUACCUGGCAUUGAAGACGGCUGAUGGGCAGUAUCUGCUUAAUGGCAAUCUGGCUAUCUCUGCCAUAGAACAGGACAUCUUGGUGAAAGGGACCAUCCUAAAGUAUAGUGGCUCCAUUGCUACCCUCGAGAGGCUUCAGAGCUUCCGGGCACUGCCUGAACCUCUGACAGUGCAACUCCUGACUGUCCCUGGUGAGGUCUUCCCUCCCAAAGUCAGAUAUACCUUCUUUGUUCCCAAUGACACGGACUUCGGCAAGCAGAACAACAAAGAGAGAGCAACCACCAACUUCAUCCAGCCGCUGCUCCAUGCACACUGGGUGCUGGGGGACUGGUCAGAGUGCUCCGUCACAUGCGGAGCUGGCUGGCAGAGGCGGACUGUGGAAUGCAGGGACUCCUCUGGGCAGGCCUCCACCACCUGUGACAAAGAUUUGAAACCUGAGGAUGCCAAACCCUGUGAAAGCCAGCCGUGUCCCCUGUGA